AAGGAUUUGUAUGAGGUGCUAGGUGUGCCCAAAUCAGCUUCAUCGCAGGAAAUCAAGAAAGCAUACUUCCAGAAAGCAAAGAAGCUACACCCCGACGUGAACAAAGAGGAUCCCAAGGCGCAGGAGAAGUUUUCGGAACUUAACAAUGCAUACGAGAUCCUCUCGGACGAGCAGAAAAGGAGGAUGUACGAUAUGGGUGGCAUGGACGCGAAUGGGAAUGCGGCUGGUGGAUUCGGGGGCUUCGAGGGCUUCCAAGGGUUCCAAAACUUUGGUGGCGACCCCAUGGACAUCUUCGAGGAGCUGAGCGGCAUGUUUGGAGGGAGGAAGAACUCAAGAAGGAGGGGAGCAGGGAAGGACGUGCAUGUACAGAUCGACCUCUCCUUCAUGGAGGCUGCAAAGGGCUGCUCCAAGACGAUCCGUGUGCGCAAGAAGGACACUUGCAAGCCUUGCAACGGAGAGGGGGCGGAGCCGGGGACGAAGCGCCGGACCUGCCCGACCUGCAGGGGCACUGGCGAAGUGAUGGAAACAGCCAUGGGUUUCAUCCAAGUCCAGUCGGUGUGCAGCACCUGCAACGGCGAGGGGUCCACGGUAGACACUCCUUGCAAGAGAUGCAGAGGCAGCGGCAAGGUGGAGGCGGAGGAAGAGAUCACGGUGCAGAUCAGGGGGGGGCUGGACCCGGACGUGAGGCUGCGCAUGCCGGGCAAGGGAGAGUCAGGGGACCGUGGGCAGCCGCCGGGUCACUUGUACAUAUCCGUCAACAUUAAGAGCCAUCCCUUCUUCUGGAGAGAAGGCGCGGACGUUCAUCUGGAGUACCCGCUGUCUGUGUCGCAGGCCGUGCUCGGGUGCAAGAUCAAGGUCCCCACCCUCGAGAAGGAGCAGGAGAUCGCGCUCCCAGCUGGGAUCCAGCCGGGGAGCACCCGAGUGCUGACUGGGCACGGGGCACGGCACAUGGACGGGAACAGGUUCGGCAACCUGGUGGUUCACUUCAAGGUGGUCGUUCCUAAGAACAUGACUGAGAAGCAGAAGGAGAUGAUGAAGCAGUUCGCCGAGGAGGAG